GAACAUAUUCUAUAUUGCAGUAAUCGGAUUGUCGCUAUUUAAUAGUUUUGUUCUGCGCCCAGAUUUACAAAGCUAACUGAUUAUUUUUUUAGAUCUCCGUUAAAAAACAACCUAAUCCCAUAACUGGUUUUCAGUCACGUCACUGUUGCUGGCGACUUGUUUGUCUGGACGGCCGCUUGUUUUGUUUUUGUUGUCCUUACCGUCACGCCGCCCCACCCCCAGCCCCGUUUCAUUUCUUCAUAUUUAAUGUAUUUUCUGUUGUUGUUGUGUUUUUUUUUAGUGACUGCUCUGUGAAUGCUGCCGUUUUUUUUUUUGCGACUACUUGAUGCUUUCACCGAGGAGCCCGCCCCGAGGCUCCGCGUAUCUUAUAAAAAGCCGGCGGCAAGUCUGGAUUCCUUCAGUGCGCUCAGUCACGUCCAGGGGAGGCAGGGCGGGGUGCUGAUCGCAAGCUGCCACGGAUGGGAUGGUGCUAAACUGACCGCCUCUUAUUGUCUGCUAGUACGUCUGAGCUCGCAGUUACUUCAAGCAAAUCGUCUGUGAAAGCUGCGCUUGGGCUCAGUUAGGGCACACUAAAAUGCCCUUCCCACCGAUCUCCCUUCACCAGCGCAUUAGUUCGCCAGGCAAGGAUCUCUUUAGAAAAAAGAAGCCCAGCGCAAUCCCUCCGCAAGUCUUCGCUGGCAAAGAUAAAGAUGAGAAAGACAACGAGAAAGAAAGGUUUUCCAGCUCAUGGCCCGCCGCGAAUUUUAAGCAUCUCGGGCGGAGGACGCAGCCGAGAAGCCAGCCGCAGCCACACAAAGGUACCGCGAAUGCGGGGGCAGAAGCGCACAAGAGCCCUCGGUUCAAGUUUCCUGCGCCACUAGCGAACUCAUGCGACAGUAUCUCGGCGUCCGGGGGGUCGGGCACGCGGAAAAGUAGCAAGAACUCAUCCCGCAGCUCGCUGACAAAAGAGGACACCGAAGAGGAGCAGCAGGAGAGGGAGAUUCGCUUCACCCUCAGCCUUACCCCCGAAGCCAUUCUGGUCAUUCAGAAACGCAACCUGGAGAAGCAGCUGAUGGCAAAGCAGCAGAAGGGAGCGUUCCCGUCCGUCUCGUCUGACCAGAGGCAUCGGCGCGUCUUCCCCGGCAAGAGGGCACAGGGGUCCAAAGGCAGCGCGGCACUGUGCGUGUCGGAUAACCUGGAUGACAUCCGCGCGAUCGUCAAGAUAUCGCUGCUGAAUGACCAGUACAAAUACGACGAUGUGGAGUACGAGGAAGACGACUACGACGUGGACGAGACGGUGAUGAGAAAGUGCAAAGAGUGGCUGGAAGGAGUGGAGAGCGCGGCCGCCUUCGGCAAAGCCAGCAAGCUGGCCACCUUGCCGCAUCUCAACACCUGACGAAAUGAGACGCAACGAACAAAACGGCGUCUUUUCUAAUCCAGAUGGCGAGGGGCUUUAAAAGGCGUGCUGCUGCCCGAAGAACCCGGCGAUCGUCCUUUUAAAUCCCGUCGAAAUGACUGCUGAUUAAAAAAAAAAUCUUGUGUUCCCCUUCUCAUCCCCGUAUUUAAUUUAUUUCUGCGACACAUAUUCUGUUACAACCAGAUUGUCACAACGAUCUGUAGCUGAGCCUUUUCAAUGAGAAGAACAGUGUUAUUUUGUUCAUUUUUCGUUCGUUUCUUCAUAUGAAGAAAGUCAUUGCCAUACGUGUGCUGUAGCUGACGAGCCGUCGUAAUGGAAGGAAACUGAGGUGCCACCUGCCUUGAAUAAAAACGAAACGCAUUGUCGCGGUUUCCUGGAAAUGUACAAUAGGAGGACACUUUUCCGCAACAGAUCAACAGCGCCUUUGUUGCACAAGAACAAAAGACUGAAAAAGAGAGAUAACUCGGAUCGGAUUGGCUGACCUUCGUAUAAAAAAGAAAGCUGGACUGCUUUGAUGCUGGGAAAUCGUGCCUGCAUUCGGCUGUAAAAUUCCACAGGUGGAGGACUUCUUACGUCCGUGUACAGUAUUUAUUACAAUUUGCUUAUUUCUUCGUUAUGUUUAUAUGGCUUUUUUUAAAAAUGCAAUUUGUAAAGUGUAUUUAUACGGAAUAAAAGAAGAGAACAAUCCA